AUGGCGACUGCAACCACGACAACAACUGCUCCCGCAUCUACCAGCAGCACCCCAUACCUCGACGCUCUGCAGCGCGAUGGCUUCGUCGUCGUGCGCUCGCUCCUCUCGCCCGACGAGGUGGCUUCUCUCCGCGAGGCGGCAACCAAGGCGACGGCCAUGACACGUGCCGGGAACUGGCCGUUCUUCCGCACCGUGCCCAAGCAAUUCCCCCCGUGGCCCAAGACGGUGCCUCCUGCGUCUGAGGGAGGCAUCUGGGGCGUGCAGCAUUUGCUGCAUCCGGACAUGCCGGGCCGCGAGCAGUUCGCGCAGUUCUACUUCUCCGACAAGGUGCUCCGCGUGGUGGAGGAGCUGCUGGAGGUGCAAGCCCCGGAGUCAGACGACGAUCCCGACAAAGAGCCCCUGGUGAUGGAGCUGUUCAACCUGCUCGUCGCUCCCGAGACGAGAAACUUCGAGCUGCGCUGGCACCGCGACGACAUCCCCGAGACGGUAUCCCCCGAAGAAGAGCUAAAGCUGCUGCAGUCUAAGAGCCCGCAGGGGAAGCAGUCGCAUGCGCAGUACAACCUAGCGCUCUGCCCAGACACGUCGCUCAUCGCCGUGCCGGGCUCGCACCGGCGCGUGCGGACGGAAACCGAGCGCAACGCGGACCCGUACGAGCCUUCGCUGCCCAACCAGGUCGUCGUGAAGCUCGAGCCCGGCGACGCCGUCUUCUACGACAGCAACAUCCUGCACCGCGGGAUCUACAAGCCCAAGCCUGAGGGGGGAGAGGAGACGCGGUUGACGCUGCACGGCAGUGUCGGGUUGAAAGGCUCCGGCAGUGAAGCGGACAAGAAGGUCCGGGCGACGGCCGUCCUGCAGCAUGGUGUCGGGACCUGGAUCGAUCGGGAUGAUGCCGCCUUGGUAGGAAUCAGCAAGAGGGCGGAGAAUAUGCGGCGCAAUCUUAUGGCCAUGGGCAGGGGGGAGGAUGUGGGAUACUCUCUUCAGGGAUGA